UUCGCACGGUAUCAAAUUCUAAUUUUGAUGAAGUUCAUUUUCAUAACCAGUCUUCUCUUUACCUAUUCUAUUGUUUUGCCCCACUCUACCAAUUCUGUCCAUUGUACUACUAACUCUGCCCCACUUUUCAACCUGUUGAGUUAUUUCACUCCCUUUUCCUUAAAGAUCCAUCUUUUCUUUACGUAUUGUAAUGUUUUGGGUCCCUCUCUGCAUCAAUUCAGUCUAUCGAGCAUAUUUCCGAAUCUGUUAAGCAUAUUUCCUUUACUCCAACUAUAUUCUUCAACCUGUUGAUUCAUUUCAUUUUUUAAGAAAUAAUAAGGAGUUAUGACAGGCAUGUGGAAGAAGCCAUGAGCUUCGAUGCUGAGAUUCUAUCAUUUAUGUAAACUAUAUAUCUUUUUUUUGAGAAGGUAACAUUAUGUAAACUAUAUAUCUUAAUUUGUGGAAACGAUCACAUCCGCCAGACUGCCUCUUCGUUUGGCAGCAUGUUAAUCAUUUUGCUGGCACUAUAAUCCCUACCAGUAGUGGCGGAGCCACAUAUAGCUGGCAUGAGGCACACAUCUCAUGAUAAUGAUCUCAAGCAUCCCUUAUAAAGACAUGUUCUCAUUGCGGGGGAUUGGGUUCGUUGGUGCUAUUGAUCGCAGCAUAAACUUGGGCAAGUACUAACCAUCUAUAGAUGGAGGGAUUACUGGCUUUAGCUUGGAAGUUUGGUUUGCAAUGUCUAUUGCACUUUCAGAAGUCCAGGGGGAGCUCUGGGCGGAGACGACAUACAGUCAGCCUUUGCCAAUCAAUGGAAGUUGAGACACUCAUAAACAGGUCAAUCAGCAUUUUGGUUGUGGAUGAUGAUGUCGUUUGUCUUUCCAUUGUUGCUAUGAUACUCAAGAAAUGUAAAUACCAAGUUGUGACUGUCAAACAUCCAAUGGAUGCUUUGUCUAUACUUCGGAUCAAAGGUGGCUCUUUUGAUCUCGUUGUCGUCGAUGUGCACAUGCCUGAUAUGAAUGGCUUUGAACUUCAACAAGUGAUAACCAACGAAUUUGAGCUACCUGUUGUUUUGAUGUCAGCUGAUGACAAAGAAGGUACGAUCCUGAAAGGACUAGACGGUGGGGCUGCAUUUUUCCUUGUUAAGCCUAUAUCAGUAGAUGAUCUAAGAGAUCUAUGGCAGUACGCACUGUUGCAGAAGAAGAAAGGUAAAAGAGUUGUUCUUGAGGAAAUCGAUUGUUUGGAGAAAAGUUCCAAUUGCAAUAAGAAAAGCCUUCAUGAAGUCGGGGAGUCUGUAUCAUCUAUCAAUGAAAAUUGCUAUCAACAUAUCAAGAAGGAAAAAUCUAAGAGGAAAUCUGCAAGAACACAGAGGAAUGCUGAUAAAGAUAACAGUGGUAAUUCUGCUGCACCAUUUAAAAAGGCUAAGGUUGUGUGGACAAAUUCACUACACAACAAGUUCUUGGAAGCCAUCAGAGACAUUGGAUUUGACAAAGCUGUGCCAAAAAAGAUUCUUGAUCAAAUGAAAGUCCCUGGAUUAACUAGAGAAAAUGUCGCCAGCCAUUUGCAGAAAUAUCGUAUUUUCUUGGAACGAGUCUCUGAUGCAUGCUGUAGAAUACAAGCUGCUGACACAAGCUUAGGAAUGCUCAGUCAGGAAAAAUUUGGACUGCAGAAACAGUUCUCUGAAAACACCACUAACCCCCGGUCAUUGAUUCACACUGCAAACAAUGGCAGUUCGUCUUUCAGAACCCAGCAAACAAGACAAACUAUACCGUCAGGAUAUGAACAAGCACAGUUGUUUCUCAAUGAAGAUAAUUUGGGUAAUAUAACACAUAGCAAUGAGAAUCCACUGUAUAAGGCUAAUCAGUUGCCUAGCACAAUGAAAGCAAAAAACUAUCAAACGGGAUCAUCGGCUUAUGAAGAUAUUUCAUCUCAGCUCAUGAAUGGUACUACUUCAACUCAAGUUCGUAGAAUGCUUUCUGGAAAUCCUGCCAAUAGGUUAUCUGGUAGGAACUUACUAGCAUUAGGGACCAAUGGUAUCACAAUGCACGCUACCCUUAACGGAAAUUUGAACUUUCUUCGUGAUGGCUUUGCUGAUGACCAAUGUGGUACCAAUUUCACCCAAAAUAACGAUGCUGAUGAGGCAUCUACUCUUUUUACUGGUCACAUGAACGUCAUUGGUAAAAGUCAACAUGACUCUGAACAAUGUUUGGCUCAAGAGGCAUCUUCUUCGGAUGGAUUUGAUGGAGAAAAGCAAUGCUCCGCCAUAUUGUCUGAUCAUAUUGAUGAAGAAACUUAUAUGCAACUGCCAUCAUUUGUUAACGGUGUUUGCAGGGGGCAAGAAGUCGAUGCUAUGCUCGAUCCGGUUUGUAACUUCUCUGAGUUUCACAACACUAAUGCUACGCAGCAAUCACGAGGCAUUGGUGAUCUUAGUGUUUCUUUCGUGAAUCAAGGGAACGUUCUACCUCAUCAGCAACAAGACCACAUAGGUCAUACCGAACCUGCGGAGGAUGGCAUGUCUCAGCUUCAUAAUGUCUUCUCAUAUCCUACUGAGCAAUGUAAAGAUGAAGAGUUUUUGGAGCUGGUACUUGCUUCAAGCCCUUAUGAAGAUGAUCAAAACCCAGACGGACUUUAAAGCCAUUGCUGAUGAAGAUAUUGCUAGUAUGUCAUAAACGCUUUUACUGAAUAGUCAAUACUAGCUGUAUGAGCAAAAAAAUAUUUAGUCCCAGAAUAUAUUUUGAAAAACAGUUUUAUAGCAACAAUAAUUGUUGGUGCUAGUCUGCUAGAGACAAUUUUAAUUUAUUGCAGCGAGCGGAUUAUUUUGUUACAACAUGUUGCAGGAAAAUCAUGGCAAUAUGUUCAUUUUAA